GGGGAAAGCCUGAGAAAGCCAAGCACAGAGUUACAUCUUCGCAGACCAGACUGGAUGACGUGGAGCGGCCGCUGUUGUGUGUAGCGGUCUCCACACUUUGUGACACUCCUGCUGGAUCACUGGAGGAACCAGGAGCACGUGUGAUCCGGCGAAGAAUUUGGUUCAGAAGUUGCUGAAGUUUUUCUAGAGGCUGAGGGCUCCGUGUGAGGCCUUGUUCUCAAAAGGCUGAACCGAGGGUGCUGCCGGGUGGCCUUCAUUAUAAUCUUCAGGUAGGCUUGCCAUGGAUGAAACUCAGGAACCUCUAGCCUUGACUGUGCAUCUUCUUGCCGACACUGGGAACGGCUUGCUUCUGCAGCAGGCUCUGGACCAACUCCUGGAUUGCAUCUGCCCAGAGGUGCGUCUCUUCCUGGUAUCUGAACGGGCCAGACCAGUGAAUUACCAGGAAAAGUACCACCCGCGGAGGGCCCGCUUCCCAGGGAUGUCUGUUUUGCUCUUUCUUCAGGAAAGCCUGGGACAGGAACGGUUGUUUCGAGUCUUGGACUUCCUACAGCGUUCACCCUGGCAGGGUUUCCCUACCCAGCACGCACAGGGGAGGCCUUGUCCUUAUCUCCCUGCAAAUCAGGAAUUCUACAGUCUGCACAACCAGAUGCCAGUGUGGGGCAUGAGGCCGGUGCAUGGUGGCACUGAUAUCCUCAGGGUGACUCUGUACUGCAGUUUUGAUAACUACGAAGAUGCCAUCAGACUCUAUGAGAUGCUCCUACAGAGAGACGCCACUGUGCAAAAGAGUGACUUCUGUUUCUUUGUCCUCUAUGCCACAGAGGGCUUCAGCCUGCAGCUCUCUCUGAAGCAGCUGCCUCUGGGAAUGUCAGUAGACCCAAAAGAGUCUUCUGUGCUGCAGUUCAGGGUUCAAGAGAUCGGCCAGCUGGUGCCUCUUCUACCCAAUCCGUGUGUUCCCAUCAGCAGUACGAGAUGGCAGACUCAGGACUAUGAUGGCAACAAGAUUCUACUGCAGGUCCAGCCGAAGCCAGGACUUGGCAUUAAAAAUGGUGAGCAUUCCUUCCUGAAUGGCUGCUUGGGAGGUGACACGCAUCCGCAGGACUCCAGGUUGAGCUCCAUCUCCACACAGAGAACCUUGGAGCCAAGGAGCCGGAGGAGGAGCAGGAGCCGGAGGUUCAAAGUGCAGUCACUGGAGCUUCCACAGCCCAGUGGGACAUGGGAAAACGCUAGGGAUCCUUUGUGGAGAAGGUCUGGCUGGUCCACCCUGGCCGACAGCUCCUCUUCAGGCAUGCAGCAGCGCCGACUGUCGAUCCCUGUUGAACCCGAGAUGGGAAUGAAUGCUCUUACGGAGAGAGGCUUUGAGAAGCUCGAGGCGGAGACAAACGUUGACACUGGCUUCACCAUCAUCAAUUCCGAGCCCAGGCGAUCUUUUCUCAGCAGAUUUCCCAGGGGUUUUCGGAGCAGCCAGCCACCUCGCUGUUUGUCAGGCUCUUCCUUAGAGGUAACUACUUUCCCAAACCAAGGAGUCUUGAAGGAUAGACCCCGCCCGCUGUCACUUCCUGGUCAAAGGGACUUCGGUGCGAAGAAGGCCAUCUCAAAAUGUCCCCAUCAUCUGCCAGUCCAGGGUGAAGAGAAAGAAGAAUUCUUCAUAUAGAAUAAAACAAAUGUGUUUUUCUAAGACACAAGAGAACGUUACAGAAAACAAGCAUUGUGUCAGUUGCCUUUCGAGUUGAAAUGAGAAGUGGCCUACAAAAGCAAGGGAAGGUUUGAGCGUACGGUGCACUCAUGGAAGUCACAGAAGCAAGAGUGUGAAGCAUCUGGUUAGGUCAUUUCUACAGCCAGGUAGAAGGGGGUGGAUUUUUUUUUUUUCCCCAGGAAACUCCAGCCCACCGGAAGGCAUUGCCCAUUUUUAGGGUGGGUGUUCCUUCCUCAGUCAGAUCGUUCCGGAAACACCCUUCUAGAUACACCCAGAGGUGGGUUUCCAAGGGGAGUCUGAAUCCAGUUAAGUUGACAGUUGUCUUAGUCAGGGUUUCUAUUCUUGCGCAAACAUCAUGGCCAAGAAGCAAGUUGGGGAGGAAAUGGUUUACUCACCUUACACUUCCACAUGGCUGUUCAUCACCAAAGAAGUCAGUCCUGGAACUCAAGCGGGUCAGGAAGCAGGAGCUGAUGCAGAGGCCAUGGAGGGAUGUUACUUACUGGCUUGUUUCCCCUGGCUUGCUCAGCUUAUAGAACCCAGGACCACCAGCCCAGGGACGGCACCGCCCACUAUGGGCUGGGUCCUCCCUUCUUUAUCACUAAUUGAGAAAAUGCCUUACAGCUGGGUCUCAUGGAGGCCUUUCCUCAAGGGAGGCUCCCUUCUCUGUGAUAACUCCAGCUUCUGUCAGGUUGACACACAAAACCAGCCAGUACCAUAGUGAAGAUCCGAUCUACGAACUUUUAGUUUCUUGCUCAUUUGAGAGAGAUCUAGGUUCUCAAUGCACCAGCUCAUAUUGCUUUCACUUCUGGUGUUGGAAGUCCAGGGGGAGCUAACAGUGUGCUGGUCAGCUGGAAGGGGGAGGGAGACAGCCCAGGGUCGGAGCUACUCGAUGGCACAGCCCAGCUACACGUGUUGGUUCAGCACCUAGCGGGGCAUUGGCACUGAGUGGGAAUGAAUCAGAUGUGCUAUACAAAUCCGAUUACUGUGUGGAAUAUGGUUUUAAUUUUUACUUGUGGUUGCAUAGCUUAUCCCCCCUGGACUGUAUGAACUAUUUAUUCUUUAGUGCUGUUUAAUUUUAUGUGACCUCCUUUGGUAAGUAGGCCCUGUUUACUAUACACCCUCUUGUGGUUUUUGCCUUUAAAGUCCUUUGCAUCUGAAACGAGUGAGGAAUGCAAAAAUGUUUUAAAAUUAUAAAUACCAUCCCCCCUCCCUGUUUAAUUAGUAACAGUACCAGAAGCCAGAAAGCUAGGUUCAAAAUGGGCGCUAGACUCAGAGAUGUGCCCACUCUUCUGUCUCUCAUCUGUUCAUGUCCUACUUGGAAGGGGUCAGCAGUUCUUGUUAAAAAAACAAAAAAACAAAACAAAACAAACAAACAAACAAACAAAAAAACCAAAAGAAAAAAACAAGGAAGACAGGGAGGACUAGAAAAUUCCGUAUCUCCACUGAGCAUGCAGAAAGGUUGUGCUACUGAGUUGCUAGGACAGGACUUGCGUUCUAGCUGUAUGUUGGAGGUUCCUGGGGCUUAAUAAACAUUUUUUGUAGGAAGUACGUAUUCAUGAAUACAAUACUUAAACAUUUGGCCAUCGAAUUCAAAAAGUAUUCAUGGCUUUGCAACUGUGAUUCUCCACUGCACCAACUCUUAAAACGGUCUUUGAGGUUCAAACUCAAUCCGCAAUCCAGGCCCACAUUUACCACGGAAAGAUGCACUAACCUGUCUUUGCACUUAACAGCAAAAGCAAGCUAAGGUCGGGAGGGAUUAUUUCGGCUGGCAGUUCCAGGUAAGAGGUUGUCAUGAUAGGAAACUCCUGAUUGCGACGUCGUCAGGUCCCUGGGCACUUUUCAUCUGAGGUCAGGAAACAGCACAGGUGGGCUGCUUAACUGGCUUUCUGAGAGAGAUCUAGGCUCCCAGUCAGCCAUUUUUAUGCUCACCCGUCCAUCUCAAUUAAUCUACAAGAUACCCCCUCACAGGCAGGCCUGGAGGCUUUCCUAGGAAUUCUAACCCUAUCAAGCUGACAACAUUAACUGGCCCCUGUAAGUGGGAACUGUGAAUAUUAUCAAUUGAGAUUUUCAGUUUUAAUCACAAUCACCAGAGACAAAUUCUCUGUUGCCCAAAUGCUAGAGUUAGGGGAUUUAAAAGAUUAAAAAUAAAUGGAGUCUGGAGAGAUGGCCCAGUGGCUAACAGCGUGUUGCUCUUCCAGGGAACUCAUGUUUGGUUUCCAGCCCCCGCACCGGGGAGCCUACAACUGACUGUAACCCUGUCUCUGUGGGCUCUGAUUCCUUCUUCUUGUUUCCAGAUGCAAACAUGCAUGUGGUUAUAUCCAAACAGACUCACAUACACAUAAAAUAAAAAGUAGAUAUUUUUAAAGA